AUGCGGCGCGAAAGAGACCAUGCAGACCAUGCAAUCUUGUGUCUUCGAUCUGACCUACAGAUUUUCCAGUGGAGACGUCACGUGCUGCAGGCGUUUCCAGCCCUGGCAGGGAUCGACGAGUUUCCUGCCCUGGAUGUGGAGCCGCCCCAAUCCGAGAUGUUGCCACACACAUCUGCCCACGACCGGCAGGUGUUGGUGCUUCACGGCAGACAGGAGCUGGUGCUUCUCUCGCCUGCUGCAGCAUCGCUCCUCGGGUUGCCUUCCGAGGGGUUUCGCUGUAAGUUGCAAGAGGUGUCAAGUUUGCCAGCCUCAGCUAGACCUCUGCGAGCGGUGUUGCAGAAAGGUGAUUCUAUCUACGUGCCAUCCGGCUGGUGGAUCUGGUCACAGGCUCUUAGUGCUGUGAUGACUCUGAGGCAUUCUUUCCGCAUGGAGCGAGAAGGUGGGCGGCAGGACGGUGUGCACACUUCGCAGGCUCCUCUCGCCUGUGCCAGAUUCACAGGCCGAGGAAAGCCGCACUUUUGUUCUGUCACGUCCCGACGGUCACAGUGGGCACCAUGCCGACAUCGCUUCAGACCUGUCGACUGA